AUGCCUCGCACAAAGCGCUUUCAUGCGCUGAAGCGGCCGGUAAGUAUCAUAUGCGCCCAAUAGGAAUGGCUUGUCUAAUCCGACGUAGAAACUACGCCAAACCUGGUCCAAAUACAACCUCUACAAUCUCUCACGCGUAACGACACCUCCCGCUGCCAAUAAGACCUUCUUCCAGCAGAAAUGGACUGCCAAGUCGAUGCUGCGAUCCUAUCACAAUCCAGACGUUCGAGAAGGGACUUGGACCCGAAUGUUCGACCGGCGAUUACCGUCAGUAGUCCCUAUGGAUCACCGAUAUCUUGCUGCGAAUGACGGCAGUGAGAUGGCUGGCGGUCGUGGUAUGGGCGUGGAAAAAGAGACGUCCCGAAGAGCGCCCGGUGAGCGAGGUCGAGAAAGAGAUGUAGGGGAGAAGAGGAUAGAAAAGACACCCUACAUGCACAUGACAUUUCAUCCGUUGGAGCGCAGACUGGACACCGCCAUCUUUAGAGCUAUGUUUGCGAGUUCAACGAGAGAAGCACGUCAGUUCGUCGUGCAUGGAUGGGUGAAGGUCAAUGGCAAGAAGAUGGUCUACUCCGGCUAUCAGCUUAAUCCGGGCGACAUGUUCCAGGUGGAUCCAGACAGAGUGAUGUUCGCAACCGGUGCGAAGAAGAUUUCAUCCAACAGCACGAAGUCUGUGAUACAUAUAAGAAAGGCCAAAGAAGAGGAAGCAGCGAUGCGGAAGCGGCGGAGAGAAGAGGCGGAAGACCUCAUAGAGGAAGAGGAGUUGGAAGCGGAAUUGGAAAGCGAAGCUGCCGCCGCCACGGUGGAGGGAGGCGAAGAAGACAAGAGCGUCCAGCAUUCCAGAGAUCUUAAAAAGUUGAUGCAGAGAGCAAAACGCAUCUUGGACGACUCGAAGGGUUCUUUGUCUGGUAAACGUCUGCAAGAUCUUAGAGGGUUCCGAAAAGAGGUGAAGCGUGUGUUCGCCAAGAUACGUGGCAUGGAGGAAUCGCAAGUUGAAGAGAGCGUGGACAACCUGGAGACGAUGCUUUCAGACAUUCUGGUCAAGGUACCAGUCGAUGCAUUGCCAAAGGACGAGGCACCUGCACUUGGCAGUAAGGAGGCAGCUGAGGCCGCUCAAGCGGUGGCCGAACGAGCACAGCAAAAGUCGGAUGCGCAAGUGCAACAAGCAUCCUCCAACCCACAAAUGAAGGACGGCAAAACAGACAAUUACAAAGCGCGAAAAGACGCCGAGCUCCUGGCUGCUGCGUUAGAGAGAGCGCGUGCGAACCCAGUCGACGUCUCGAAGCCCUACGCAACACCCUGGCAGCCACGAGACUGGAUGAGCGCCUUUGCUUUCAUCCCGAGAUAUCUCGAAGUGAACCAGAACAUCUGCUCCGCCGUGUACCUGCGCCAUCCAGUCGCACGGCCUGGGCUGGCAGAAGUGCCUACUCCGUUUUCGGCAGAAACAAUGGGCUUGGGAUUCAACUGGUACUUGCGAAGGAGAUGA